AAACUCACAACUCUACCUCCCCGGAACUCAAACUUUAAUAUUUGGCAAAGGUGGCAGAGAAAAGAAAGGCUCUUUCUCUGCUAAAUUGACUUGAAGCCAUGGCAACGGGAAUAAGCAAGAAAUCGAGACAACCCGAUGGUGACCUGGUGGUUCUGGGUCAGGGCCAAGGAACUGUUAAUGCCUCGCCAAGACAAAGCUCAUCUGGGACCAAGAUAGUUGGACGACCAUUAUCAAGACAAAGUUCAAGUGGCGGUUUCGAAGUACUCCAAGGUGAGGGCUCGUUUGUUGACUCGCGGCCCAGUAGUGCAGCCUCUGAUGGGAGGGGUUCAUCAGCAUCCGGCCGCAGAAGUUAUACACCGUCCAAACAAGUAGCACUGCCAACUGUCAGGAGGAAGGAAGACAGUGAAGACAGUUUCGGUGCAUUGAAUUGGAGAGAACAUGAAGAAUUGGAGGAGAAGAAGUUGCAUUUAAAUAGUGGUGAUGGCAGUAGUUUGAGUGAGAAUAUGAACAACUUGUCAAUGAAUCAUGAAAAGCUUGCCAUGAAUGGAGAUAUUGCUCAAGAAGGUUCAGAUGGUGAAGAUGAAGAAGAUGAGAGUUCUAGUGAAGAAGAAGAAGAGGUCAAAGCACCAAAUGAACUCAUGAUGGAGUUUGUUGCAUGUAUGAUGCAACAGGACUAUGCCAAUGCUCUCAAGUUAUGUAAAAUGAUUCUCAUCUAUGAACCCGAAAAUGCGGAAGCGAAAGAGUUCUUGCCUGUGAUUGAAGAGAAGAUGCAGCUAGACGCAGAAGCUGAAGCUGAGGGUGGGGAAGAGGAGUCUGGUGAAUCUGGGGACGAGGAUGAUGACGAGGAUGACGAAGGCGGCUCAGAUGAUGAUAGUGAUGAUGACAACAGUGAAAGUGAUGAUGAUAGUUCUGAAGAUUCUGAUGAGGACGACGACAAAGAAACCAGUGAACAAGCCACAACAGUUGUAUUCAAUAUACAUCCAUCAUAGUAAAGACUCUGUCCAUCAUGAGAAGAAAAAAUUGUAUAAUGGAGCACCAGUUUACAGUUAUAUUCCGUCCACUUUUGAUAGGUCACACCACUCGUGCGAUUGGGGGCCAUUCAUUUAGUAUGUAAAAAGUAAGAAAGUUGUGUGUACAUACUAAAUGACAGGCCCCUUACUUGUAUAUAAUAUGUACAUUCCCAAAGCAUCGAUCUGCUUAUCUGACAAUAUUCUAUCCAGAUUCCGUUGAAUCAUUGUAAAUUAAAAACUGUACCCGGUACAAAUAUUUAUUUACACAUUUGUGAUGGUCUUACUCUCAGUUAGAUGUACGUUUAUGAUCUUCCAUUUUUGUUUUGUCAAUAAAUUAAA